UAGUGACUCGGGCGCCGUGGGCCUUCUCUGGGGCAGCGAGCUUAGAGGACAGCGUCCCGCCACCAGAGGGACGGUCCGGCGGCGUUGCGCUCCCGAUGCCGAGGCCGCCCGGGCUCGCCGGAGUCCGGCCGACGGGAUGAGGGAAGGGCCUUGAGAGUUGAGGGCCGUGCGGCUAAACGUGUUGGCUUCGGCCGCCGGGCGUUUGGCAGGGCGUCGCAUGGUCCCGGCCGCCGGUUCAAGCACGACCCCCGAACCCUAGUGACAACCCUGGGCCGCCGCAGCCCCGCCUCGGCGCGCGUGGGGGCCGCCCGCGUGCCCCGCUAGUCGUCCUGCCUCCCGGAGAGCCCGGCGCGUGCAGCAUCCCCCACCCCCUGGCCUCCCUCCCUCCCACGGCUCUCACGCACUCGCACUGAUUGUUUUGCCCGCUCCCGCCGCCGUCGCCGCCGCCACAGGACCAGCGGCGCUUGUGCAAACCGGGAAGAUGGCGGCCGGCGGCGGCGGAGGCAGCAGUAAGGCCUCCUCCUCGUCGGCCUCGUCCGCCGGGGCCCUGGAGUCCUCGUUGGAUCGAAAAUUCCAGUCGGUGACCAACACCAUGGAAUCCAUUCAGGGCCUGUCUUCCUGGUGUAUAGAGAACAAGAAGCACCACAGCACGAUCGUCUACCAUUGGAUGAAGUGGCUGCGGAGAUCUACAUAUCCCCACCGUUUGAAUCUCUUUUAUCUUGCCAAUGAUGUCAUACAGAAUUGUAAGAGGAAAAAUGCAAUCAUAUUCCGUGAAUCAUUUGCUGAUGUGCUUCCCGAAGCAGCUGCUCUAGUGAAGGAUCCAUCCGUCUCUAAGUCAAUAGAGCGAAUCUUUAAAAUCUGGGAAGAUAGAAAUGUGUACCCAGAAGACAUGAUUGUGGCAUUGAGAGAAGCUUUAAGUACCACUUUCAAAACUCAGAAGCAGCUGAAAGAAAAUCUGAACAAACAACCGAAUAAGCAGUGGAAGAAAUCACAAACAUCCACGAAUCCAAAAGCUGCUCUCAAAUCUAAGAUAGUUGCUGAGUUUCGAUCUCAGGCCCUCAUUGAAGAAUUGUUGACGUACAAACGAUCAGAAGAUCAGAUAGAACUGAAGGAGAAACAGUUGUCAACUAUGAGAGUGGAUGUUUGCAGCACAGAAACUCUCAAGUGUUUAAAAGAUAAAACAGGGGGAAAGAAGUUUUCCAAAGAAUUUGAAGAAGCAAGUUCAAAGCUAGAGGAGUUUGUGAAUGGAUUAGAUAAACAGGUGAAAAACGGGCCCUCCCUAACAGAAGCACUAGAAAAUGCUGGAAUUUUCUAUGAAGCACAGUACAAGGAAGUGAAAGUGGUGGCCAACGCUUAUAAAACCUUUGCUAACAGAGUAAACAACUUAAAGAAGAAGUUGGAUCAAUUGAAGUCAACCCUUCCUGAUCCCGAGGAAUCACCAGUUCCUUCUCCAAGUAUGGAUGCUCCUUCCCCAACUGGUUCUGAGUCUCCGUUUCAGGGAAUGGGAGGUGAGGAAUCCCAGUCACCAGCCAUGGAGAGUGAAAAAUCUGCCACACCUGAGCCUGUGACAGAUAACCGUGAUGUGCAAGACAUGGAACUCUCUGAUGUAGAAGAUGAUGGAUCAAAAAUCAUUGUAGAGGACAGGAAAGAAAAACCUCUGGAAAAACCAGCUGUCUCCACUUCUGUACCCACAAAGUCAACAGAAAGUGUCUCGAAGGCCUCAUCGUGUGCCCCAGCAACUGUGCCCACGACAGCAGCUCCACCUCUUCCAAAGCCCAUGAACACUUCGCUUCUGUCCCCUUCCCCUGCUUUGGUUUUGCCAAACCUGGCAAAUGUGGAUCUGGCAAAAAUUAGUUCCAUCCUUAGCAGCUUAACUUCAGUCAUGAAAAACACUGGGGUCAGUUCUGCAUCAAGACCUUCUCCAGCAACACCUACCAGUCCCUGCAACCUCACCAGUGGCCUGAAAACACCUGCUCCUGCCACAACAACAUCUCACAACCCUCUGGCAAAUAUCCUCUCGAAGGUGGAGAUCACCCCAGAGAGCAUUCUCUCUGCUCUUUCCAAAACCCAGACACAGUCAGCCCCUGCACUCCAAGGCCUGUCAUCUUUACUUCAGAGUGUUACUGGGAACCCAGUGCCAGCCAGUGAUGCUGCAUCCCAGAGCUCUACAACGUCCCCUGCUAGCACCACAGGUUCUACCAUAAAGGGGCGAAACCUGCUCUCCAAUACACAGUCCUUUAUUUCCAAAAGCUUCAACUAUUCUCCUAACUCGUCAACUGCUGAAGUCUCUUCAACUUCAGCAAGCAAGGCGCCGGUUGGGCAGAGCCCAGUGCUCCCCAGCACUCCUUUUAAAUUACCGUCCAGUACUUUAGGAUUUACAGGUACCCACAAUACUAGCCCUGCUGCCCCACCUGCUGAAGUUGCCAUGUGCCAAUCCUCAGAGGUCUCCAAGCCAAAGCUGGAAUCAGAGUCCACUUCCCCAAGCCUGGAAAUGAAGAUCCACAACUUCUUAAAAGGUAAUCCUGGUUUCAGUGGCUUAAAUUUAAACAUCCCAAUCCUGAGCAGUUUGGGAUCCAGUGCCCCAUCAGAGAGCCAUUCCUCAGACUUCCAGCGUGGUCCCACUAGCACUUCAGCAGACAACACUGAUGGAACCCCUGUUCGGGAUGAACGGAGUGGGACGCCCACCCAGGAUGAGAUGAUGGACAAGCCCACAUCCAGCAGUGUAGAUACUAUGUCCCUACUAUCUAAGAUCAUCAGCCCUGGUUCCUCAACACCCAGCAGUACAAGAUCACCACCCCCUGGAAGAGAUGAAAGCUACCCUCAAGAGCUCCCCAAUUCUGUGUCUACGUAUCGGCCCUUUGGCCUGGCCAGUGAUUCUCCCUACAAGCAGCCUUCGGAGGGAGUAGAGAGACCAUCUUCCCUGAUGGAGUCGUCACAGGAAAAGUUCUUCCCUGAUACUUCUUUCCAGGAAGAUGAGGAUUACCGAGAUUUUGAGUAUUCAGGGCCUCCCCCCUCUGCCGUGAUGAACUUAGAGAAGAAACCAGCCAAAUCCAUCCUGAAGUCAAGCAAGCUUUCUGACACCACUGAGUAUCAGCCAAUUCUGUCCAGUUAUAACCACAGGGCCCAAGAGUUUGGGGUAAAGUCUGCCUUCCCUCCAUCUGUAAGGGCCCUCCUUGACUCUAGUGAGAACUGUGAUCAGCUCUCAUCUCCCCCUGGGCUAUUUGGUGCCUUCAGCAUAAGAGGGAAUGAACCUGGGUCUGAUCGGUCACCAUCACCGAGUAAGAAUGAUUCAUUUUUCACCCCUGACUCCAACCACAGUAACUUGUCUCAGCCUACUACUGGGCAUCUCACUUUGCCACAGAAGCAGUACCCAGACUCUCCUCACUCAGUCCCACAUCGUUCCCUUUUCUCUUCGCAGAAUACCCUUGCUGCUCCAACUGGACACCCUCCCACAUCAGGUGUGGACAAAGUCCUGGCCUCCACGAUUUCCGCCACAUCGACGAUUGAGUUUAAGAAUAUGCUUAAAAACGCCUCGCGCAAACCCUCAGAUGAUAAGCAUUUUGGCCAGACCCCCAACAAGGGUACUUCAAGUGAUGGUGUCAGUCUGUCAAACCUCACCCAGCCCAGCUUGCCUACCCCUGACCAGCAACAGGAAGAACACUAUCGCAUAGAAACCCGCGUCUCUUCCUCCUGUUUAGACUUGCCUGAUAGCACAGAAGAAAAGGGAGCCCCCAUAGAAACUCUGGGUUAUCAUAAUGCAGCCAAUAGGAGGAUGUCAGGGGAGCCAAUACAGACUGUAGAGUCCAUACGAGUUCCUGGGAAGGGAAAUAGAGGACAUGGGCGAGAGGUUUCAAGAGUAGGUUGGUUUGAUCUGAGCACACCAGGCAGCUCUUUUGACAAUGGUCCCUCAGGUGCCUCUGAGUUGGCAUCCCUUGGGGGUGGGAGCAGCGGAGGCCUCACUGGCUUUAAGACAACGCCAUACAAGGAACGGGCACCCCAGUUUCAGGAGAGUGUCGCCAGCUUUCAUUCCAGCAGUUUCAACUCAACAUUUGAGCAUCAUCUCCCCCCAUCCCCUUUGGAACAUGGGACACCCUUCCAAAGAGAGCCAGUGGGGCCGUCAUCUGCCCCACCUGCCCCUCCUAAGGAUCAUGGUGGUAUCUUCUCUCGAGAGGCACCCACUCAUCUGCCCUCUGUGGAUCUUUCGAACCCCUUUACAAAGGAGGCAUCUCUGGCCCACGCUGCUCCACCACCUCCUCCUGGAGAGCACAGCGGAGUUCCUUUCCCUCCCCCACCCCCUCCUCCACCCCCUGGGGAACUUAGCAGCAGUGGAGGGAGUGGUGUCCCCUUUGCUACUCCACCCCCUCCUCCGCCUCCUGUUGACCACUCUGGGGUUGUACCUUUCCCAACACCACCACUGCCAGAGCAUGGAGUGACUGGGCCUGUGGCAGUUUUUCCCAAGGACCAUAGUUCCCUCCUUCAAGGGACCUUGGCUGAGCAUUUUGGGGUGCUCACAGGACCCAGGGACCUCAAUGGCCCUGGUCUUAGCCGUGCACGAGAGAGCCUGAGCCUGCCUUCCCGCCCUCUGGAGCAUCUGGGCCCAGCCCUUGGAGGAGGUGGGGGAGGCAACACCAGCAGCAGUGGCCUUCCCUUGGGUCCCGCACACAGAGACGCCAUCGGCCGGAGUGGUAUGAUUUUACGGAGUCCCCGGCCAGACUUUCGGCCUAGGGAAGCUUUUCUCGGCAGAGACCCAUUCCACAGUUUAAAGAGACCCCGGCCACCUUUUGUUAGAGGCCCUCCGUUCUUUGCACCAAAACGCCCAUUCUUCCCUCCCAGGUACUGAUGGAAAUCAGGGAAGGCAUUUUGAACAGUCUAGAGAGCAUUGGAAGUAGUAGUUUGGUUUCUUGUUUUUGUUUCCUCUCUUGAAUUUUUUGUUUGUUUGUUUGUUUUUAAUGAAGGGCUUCCCUUCCAAAUUCAGAAAGCAUACAUGGUGGCCGUGCACUUAGGACCUUUCCCAAAUUACUUGCAUUUUCCCCCUUUCUUUAAAAAAAAAAAGUGAACAUAACUAAGUCCACUUCAUUUGGCUGUGGGUUUGGGGAGUAGGAAGGAGAACAAUAUUUUAUCCCAUUUCUAUUGGAAAGAUAACUUACAUUUGAAAUAAAACUUCGGUCAGUACAGGUAAUAACAUGUGCAAUGUUGGGGUGUCAUUUGGGGGUUGAACUUGCUAAUAGUGGUGGGAGGAUCUCUGUCUCCUUCCCCCUCCAGCUAAGCAACUUCUGGGACCGGCUUUUCUCCCUUUGUAUGCUCUGCCCUGCUGAAGGCCAAGAGGUGUUUGCAGAAGGACAAAAUAUGGGCAAUUUUGGGCCUGCCAGGUGUAUUUGCUUUAUUUUAAAGGCAUGUUGAGACAGAGUUCUUUAUUAUCUUUUGUUUUUGUUUUUUAAGCAUUCUCCUCUGCACUAUUACCAGGCAGUGAAUCUAGGCAGUACAAACUUCAGUCUAUGUAGAAGAAAGUUUUCUCUUGCUGGGUGUGGUGGCACACACCCAUAGUCCUAGUGCAGGGAGGCAGGGACGGGAGAGAAUGGCAAGUUUGAGGCCAGCUUGAGCUAUAUAGUGGAACUUUGUCUCAAAAAGAAAGAAAAAGUCUCAUCCUUAAGUGAGAAGCCUAAUAAAAUUUCAAUAUGAAGAUGAGGAAUGGUCAUGGUAUGUAAACUAGGGAAGGGAUCAUUAAUGGUGCUGUGUGACCAUCUGUCCUUUGUGGACAAGGAAGCGUUUGGAUGGGUCUGCAUAUUUGUUCUAAGCUCUUACCCCCUGUUUUCCCUGACUUUUUCUCCCUGAGUUACUAAUUCUGACUAAAUUCUUAAACAAGUGUAGCUAAAAUAUUAUCCUUGCUUUCUUAAAUGUUUACGUAGACGUUCGUUUUACAGUGCCGCCUCACUGGUGGUUUUCUGCAAACAUGAACUACCGGAGGAAGUACUUUGCCUUUAGAGUAAUUUCCCCGUCUCAGUCCUCUGUUUACCCUGCUCUUGUUCCUUCAGAGGAGAAGACAGGUGGGUAUUGCUGGCCUUUGUUACAGGGGAAGUGGGGUCCUGUUGAAUCCAAGUUGGCCCUCAGCAGUUAGUAACUAGAUGUUUUCGGUGCCCACCUCCCAUGUCAACUUGCAGAUGUUUUGCCUGUGUCAUUGCCACGAAGGGAAGAGUUUUCUUCCUUACAUUAAAAGGCUUGUUUGUGUUUCUGCAUCUUAUACUUAGGGGAAAGACAAUCACUGUGUUUGGAGUGCUUUUAUCUUUAUCUGAGAAGCAAAUACCGCUUACUACAAUUUCUGUUGGUGUGUUGCACCAGGGUAAACGCUAAUAAUCUCCAGGUAGGUGUGUCAAACAGUAAUGAGCUUUUGAAGGGAUUCUGACAAGUUAGGAUAGAACUUUCAGGAAUCAAGGGAGUGCUUUGAAUUUCUCAGUGGGGUAGGAAAGAUGGAGAAAAGUGCAACAUGUGAUCAAAGACAAUCCUUUGCCUCAGAACAAACCACUUUCAGAAGAAAAACUGUCCAACAUAGUCUGGGAUCUGUGUUCCAUGUAAGGGUGCAAGAAAUCGUCUUCAUUCACUUCCCUUUUUGAUCCAGCUCUUUCUUUCCUUUCUCAAACUUCUGUAGUUCAGUCCACAAAAAUGCAUGAUUCCAUGACCUUGUGAGGGGAUUGGGUAUGUAGCAUAGCAAAGCAAAGGAAAUAUAGUUAUAUUCAGUCUUAAGACAUUUGUUUAGUAAAAAAGCAUCAAACGGGGGUGGGAGAGCAGGAGAAUUGUGACUUUCGGGAUUGGGUCCCCCCCCCCCCCGAAAUUAAGUGAUGUUCUUCAGUCUAGAAUAAAAGAAUGUGAAUUCUUUCUUCCGCUGUUUACUUGAAAAGGCUCUCUGACCAUUUGGUUUUCUAAGAAAACCUGGGAGUACCGGGAUAGUGUUUUCUGGAGUGUAGCAGCAAUUGUCCUCAAACACAUACUGGCCAAUACAUGAGACAAGUACUUUGUACAGUUCAAGGGUGGACUCCCCAGGGGUUGGGCUUUUGUGGGACAUUUUUUGUUUUUGCCACAAAAUCUUGAGUGUUUUUCAGGGUGGAAGUGAGGAUUGUAUGAAGCUGUUGGAUAUUUUAAGGAAAUCUGUCUGCAACAGUAAAUGAAGACAACUGUAUAUAUGUGAUAUAGUGAAACAAAAGACAUUUCUGGUAUUCAUAAAGAUAAAACAAGGGAUUUUCUUUCUGUGUCUGUGAUUUAAACUCCGUACCAUCCUCUGACUUUUGUAUUUUCCCCUGAGUUUAAACAAAAUAAACAAGAUAUUUUUUAAAGAAUGUACAACAUAGUGUGUCUCAGCGAGGACUUGAGUCAUGAAGCAGAAUUAAGUAGUUGUCCCUAAGGUCCUUGGUGCUCAUUGUAAAACCACAGACAAAGAAUUCUAUGAAUACUCUAUACCACCCAAAAUUCCUUGAUGCUAGAUCAGAACUAGGAUCCUUAAAGGUUUCCUGAGAGUUCACUCUCCAGUCAGCUUAGAUGAUAGCUCCUCACUGCACCUCUCUGCCCUCCCAAGGAUGGAGGUCAGCAGAACUCUGUUGGUUCCCUGGAGGGUGCAGUGAGCAGUGUAGGACAGAUCCUUUCUGAUAUCAGAAACAAUAUGCUAUGUAUGGUACAGCAAGGCUAUCUAGACAAUGUGAAUUGGCUCAGCUUUCUUCUCGCAGAAUAUCCACUCGGUCCUAACAUUACCAUUGACACAGUUAAGCUUCAGCUGUUAGGUUUUGAAUCGGCUGUAAAUUACUGCUCCCUCCCCCACCUCCAUAUUUUUAAUUGGUGGGGUAACCUGUUAAGAUUUAGGGGGGGAAAUAGCUAUGUUGGAUUGAUACUCUCAUGUGUUCAGUGUGGAAAACAAAUACAUGCUUUUAAGAGGCAAGAACAAUGAAAUCCUUUUGGAAUGUGUAUUAAUAUCAUUUAAUAAAAUAACAGUUCUAAAGGUUUGACAUUUUUCUUUGAGAUUCGGGCUUUGACCAAGGGCCCCUGGCUGCUCUGGUGAAUGCAAACAGAAACUACUCAAGAGCCAAAACUGCAACUUUUGUAUCACAGACCUGUGGUUAGAGAUGCUAAAUUUCCUCCAUCGAAGAUGCGGCGUGACUUUCCAGGGUCAAAGGAGAAACAGGCUACAGAAUGGAGAAAGAAAAGCUGGGGGUAGCCCUGAAGAUGCCUUCUGGGGUAUAUGGGGAAGGACAGAAAGUGGCAUGUGUACCCACACACACAAGGCAUGUGUGCACAGACCACCUGUUCGUUCUCUCUGUAGCCACUUGCACUUAACCUUUCCCAGCUUUGGGGGGGGGGGGGGA